GAUCCCGGCUUGGCUUGGCUCGGCGGCGACGGCGGCGGGAGCGGGACGCUGAGGGGAACGCGAGCCGCGCGGCCGGGGAUGCUCCAGCGGGCGCCAUGGCCCCUGCCAUGCAGCCGGCCGAGAUCCAGUUCGCGCAGCGGCUGGCGUCCAACGAGAAGUGGAUCCGGGAGCGGGCGGUGAAGAAGCUGCGCCAGUACAUCAGCGUGAAGACGCAGAGGGAGACAGGAGGUUUCAGUCAAGAAGAACUUUUAAAGAUAUGGAAAGGCCUCUUUUAUUGCAUGUGGGUGCAAGACGAGCCUCUCCUCCAGGAGGAGCUGGCGGACACCAUUUCCCAACUCAUCCACGUUGUGAACAACUCAGAGGCUCAGCACCUGUUCAUUCGGACCUUCUGGCAGACCGUGACCCGAGAGUGGAAGGGGAUUGACAGGCUGCGCCUGAGCAAGUACCACAUGCUGAUCCGUCUGUUCCUGAGACAGUCCUUUGAAGUUCUGAAGCAAAACGGCUGGGAAGAAAGCCGAAUCCAGCUUUUUCUGGACGUCUUAAUGAAGGAAAUCCUGCAUCCUGAGAGUCAGUCUCCUGAUGGAGUAAAAUUCCACCUCAUUGGCAUCUAUCUGGAUGAGCUUUCCAAAGUGGGAGGGAAGGAGCUUUUGGCAGAUCAGAAUCUCAAGUUUAUUGAUCCAUUCUGCAAAAUUGCUGCCAAGACCAAGGACCAUACACUGGUACAGACUAUAGCUAGGGGUGUUUUUGAAGUCAUUGUGGAUCAGUCUCCUCUUGUACCUGAAGAGUUAGGAGAAGAACCAAAAACUCAAGUCCAGGACAGUGACCUCCCUGCAGCCCAGACAUCUGACAACGAGAUGACAUGGAGGAAAACAAUCAGUAAAAAGAAGACAGCCCUGGGCAGAUAUCACUCAAGAAAAGAUGGAAUCGGAGAUGAAGGUGAGAGAACUGACUGCGGCACCUUCGAAAACACUGGGCCGCUGCUCCAGUUUGACUAUAAGGCUGUUGCUGAUCGACUCCUGGAAAUAACCAACAGAAAAAACACCCCACCCUUCAACAGGAAACGUCUCUCUAAACUGAUCAAAAAAUUCCAAGAUCUUUCUGAAGGCAGCGUGCCGCAGCUCAGCUUGACGGAGGACCUUUCUGCUGACGCCGAUGACAGCACCAGUCCAGGAAGGCAGAAGAAAACAGGAAACACGCUUUUAGAGCAAACCAGCUUGGAGAAAGCAAAAGGAAACAAAUGCUUUCUUGCUGCAGAAGAAGGAAGUGAAGCCAGUGUUCCAAAGAGGAAAAAGAGGAAGAAGAAGAAGAAGAGUCUCCAGCCUGAAAAUGUCAAUUCGGGGGAUAAAGCCGUGUGCGUGGAACAGAAUGGGAGCCGGGAGCCAGAGGCAGGCGACAGGAAAGACCAGAAGGGAAGUGCGGCCGAGAGUGGAGCGGGGACCCUCCCCAGCACUGCAGUGGAGACCACCCCCACACAAAACAAAAGGAAACGACCGAGGAAGAGGAGCCUGAAGGUCCAGGAAGGGACCGUGGAGUUAGCAGCCUCACCUCCAGAGGGCGUGUUUCAGAGAGGCCCGGGCAGCCAGCACCCUCAGGAGCCUGCCGCCCCUGCUUCCCCACCAGGUGGGGUCCAGAGCCCCAAAGGGAAGCAGAGGCCCAGGGCCCCUCCUGUUCUCCGCGGCAGCCUGGCCCCACAGCCCCCGCCCCGGCUGGAGAAAGAAAGCCCCCCUGCAGGCCCGGGGGAGGAAGGGGGCCUCCAAAACCCCCUGCCUCCGGGCCUCAGACUAAAGAAGAGGAAAAGGGAACCCAGCAGCCCUGAUCUCUGUGACUUUUCGAAUCAGAAAACUGCCAUCUUGAAAAAGAGAAAGAAAAUGAAAGAGAUGUUGAACUUGGUAGAACACAACGGAGUAUUUAAAACUGAGGCCAAGCAGAUCCAAGCUCUGGGAAACAGUGGAACUUUCAUCUCUUUGAAGAAAAAGAAGCUGAGGACAGAGAAUGACUUUGUGAAGUUCGACACCCCCUUCUUACCAAAGCCCUUGUUCUUCAGAAAAGCUAAAAGCAGUGCUGCCAUCUCCUCUCUGAAGCCCGCCAUCCAGUUAAACCGAACGCCGUCCAGCUCCAAGAAGGUCACCUUCGGGCUGAACAGAAACAUGACUACAGAAUUCAAGAAGACCGACAAGAGCCUCCUGGUCAGCCCCUCGGGCCCCUCCAGAGUGGCCUUCAACCCGGAGCAGAGACCCCUCCACGGGGUGCUGAAGACCCCCUCACGCUCACCUUCCAGCGCCCUGCUGGCACCCAAGCGGCCGCUCACCGCCCCUCCGAAGAGAAGACCAACCGCCAUGGACUUCUUCUGAGACCCGGGGCAGGUGUCUGUGUCCAAGACUGUUUUGUACAGAGGCUCUAUAAAUUAUAUCCUUUUAUAAACUCCUUUGCAGCAUGUACGGAAGGUUCUAGUUGUGAGCUGGGGCACAUGCUUCUCUGCCCGUUUAGGCUGCAGCUGCGGCCAUGUGGCUACAAAGAUUGUUGAGGCUCUCCAGGACCUCACAGUUGGGGAGACCCUCAGUGAUUAGCUCUCAGGUAGGAGUGGAGACCCCGACUGCUCUGUGCGUGGAGCUGAAGAGAGCACGCUGAUGCGUACUUUAAAUAAGCGAUGCCCUUAGCACAAAGUACGGCAUUUUGUUCCUAGUCAGCCCUCAGUUUAGGCGGAGCUGCAGUCCUGGGGUUGGCUCUCUGGUUAUUUCUGUCUUUCUAACGGUGCUUUAAGCAGCGUAUGUGGGGCUUCAUUUUCAGGCCCUGAGGCGCCCACAGUUUGCCCACUGGGGUGGUUCAGCAGCGAGGCUGAGGUGGUUCUGCAGGUCUCACCGGGGGGUGGGGGCAGCCCUCCGCCCUCGGGCCUUCCUUCCCCUCCACCUUGUUGUUCCUUCCCCGUUUUCCCUGCCGCUAAGGCCGGCCCAGCGUGUCUUCAGGAGGCGGCCGGCGCCCCAUUGGGCCUCCUCCAGGGUCUCCUUUAUUUGGACCUGAAGGACCGGCAACCCCCAAGGAGCUUCCCCGUCUUGGGUGGAAACCGGUGGCUUUGAAGUCUAGGCUGCAGUGUUAAAAAGAAAACCUGAGUUCCUUCUGAAAUUCAGACAACAACCAACCUUUGAGCAUACGGAAUUUUCCCCCAAGUUUUGUGUCAUUGUUUAUUUGUUCAUAGCUAUCUGUUGUCUCAGAUAGAAGGUACUGAAGCUUGCGCUUAGAGAUUUUUAGUUAUGAACUUGGUGUUGAGAAGGAGCUCAGACUUCAGUGGGAGGAGCAGGGGUGGACUUGGCACUUCAAGUCUCAGGACACCAUGUGUCGCUCCCGGAGCCGAGCGACGGGUGAGGGGCAGCUGCGGGAGCAGCUCAGGGAGUCCCCCGUGGCGGCAGUGUGCGAGGCCACGUGGCAGGUCGCUUGAGUCACGUGCACAGCGCUUUCCCAGCCGACCCUCUGCUCCAGGGAUUUCGGGUUCCCUGGAAGUGAAAGCCACCUCGUCACCCAUCCACCCCCCCGCGCAGGAGCCCCAUGUCUCCCCCAGCCCAGCAUACCGCUCCCCACUGCUUCUCCAAGUGGGUCUGGGGGCCCUAGGUGGGGCGGCUGGGGGCUCCAGGUCCACCAGGGCCGCAGGGCUGCCCCCCUCGGCCUCGGGUGCAUUCGUUUGCAGUCAAGGGCAGGGCCUCCUCUGCGGCCGCUGCGUGGAGAGAGGAGAUGCUGGCUUUGUGGCCUGCCUGCUCUGUGUUGACGUUUUAUCAUCCCACCAUGACAGACGAAGCAGUGAACGUUGCGCUGUUAAAGUUAGACCCCUGUCGGAAGGAGGGGUCUCCUGCACAGCAUAACUCCGGUGGUGCAUGCAUGAUUUUUUAGUGUGCUGUGUUGAUAUACUUAAAGCCAAUUCAAAACCAAAACUGAUAGAAUGAUAAGAUCAGAUUUGAGUACUCAGAUAUUUUUAACUUUUUGUUUAAAAAAAAAAAGUAUUUAACGGUUUUCUCUCAGCUUUAAACGUGUAUCCUGUAGCCAAAUGAGCCCUCCAAUCCAACAGUGUUAAGGGGUCUUCUGGGGCAAAGACGGCACAUUUGUCCUCUGGCUGCUGUGGGAGCUUCUCUGACACUGUUUAUAUAUUACCUGUCUGUUCUGAAUGUGCUGUGGAUACACCUGUCAAAAUCUGACCUGUGAAACUGUCCAGGAGUGACAGUUAGUGGCUUGGAUUCUAUUUGUCCUUCUCUAAAUCUGUCUUUACUUACUCUAUUUUGUGGGUAAGUUGAAUAGGUUUCCUGUAGCUUAUUUUUAAUAUGUCACAUAAAGAAAAUGUAUUUAGAAUACCUGUUUUUCUAAUCGAUGCAUGUUAUUUUCCUAGGUAAAAUUGCCAGAGGUGCUUGGAGUAAAAAAAAAGAUGAAGUAAUUUAAGUUAAUACUGGUGAUCUUAAAUCAUAGUAUUUUGUAAAAUGAUUAUCACCCCACAUGCAUGGGUCUGGUCAAUUUUGUACAAUUUGGUAUCAGACUUUACAAAUUUUAUUAUCCUUUUUAACUUUUACUGAAAUGAAAGCACAAAGAAGUAUAGAGAAAAUCUAGAAGCAGUUGUCAGUGCUGGAAAGAAUAUAAAAUGGAGUCCAUCUUUUAAUCUGUGUGUGUUUUCUCUGAACUUACCUGACUGCUGGCGGGGACUGUUUACAAUCCGUUUGUAUCGGUGUCUGCAGUGUUUGUCAGUGCUGCUCACAGCCACAUCCAAUUAAAACAUUGUCUUUGACCUUG